CUUCAGCAUAAUUAUAUUUUGAUUCCAUUCUUGGCAAGCAAAAAGGUUUAAAAAGUAACUUGAUAAAUUCCAGCAUUCAAAGUUCAGCCCCUGACCUUACAAUUUCCUUUUGAGGGAUCAUUGUGUUCAAUAGAUCAGCUACCCAUUUGGUAUUCUGAAGUUAAUGUUCAACCGUUUCUCUUGAAAUUGCCACUUUGCUUUCUAGAUGAUGAGCAGGAAGGAUAGCAGACAUCAGCUGCAAAGGGCUCUUCAUAAAUCUUAGGAACACAGUGUAUUUCAAAAGGAUGCUUUGGAGAAGAGGUGUUCCAGUUGGAUGCAGCCAGCUUUUUCACUGCUGAAAUCAGAUCAUGGAAGGACCAGAGCAGCCUGUGCUGCUAGUAAAUGAAGUGGGAGGAAUAUUUGGCAUCUUAGAAUCACAUGUGCCACUUCUGAAGAAACACUUUCACCUUGUUACCAUGAAGGAGUUUCUUGAAAACAAAGCCUGUCUUAGUGUAAAAGUCAAAGCUGUUUAUGUAUGGUGGCACAGACCAGUCAUGGAUCGAGAGCUUCUGAAGAGCCUCCCUAACUUAAAAGUGGUUGCCAGUUCAGGUGCAGGAGUGGACCACUUGGACCUGAAGCUGAUUGCAGACUUUGGAGUCAGGACGGCUAAUUGUCCCAACGCUGUCUCCAGCAGCACUGCAGACACUGGAAUAGCCCUGUUGCUGGCAGCUGCUAGAGGGCUCGUUGAGGGUUGCCGGGUGGCUACUUCCCCAGAAACUGAGUACUUCCCUUUGAACAUGUUAGGAGACGAAGUCACUGGGGCUACUCUGGGUAUUGUCGGAAUGGGCAGCAUUGGCUACAAAAUUGCUCAAAGGGCCAGAGCUUUUGAAAUGAAAAUCCUUUAUCACAACAGGAACAGAAGGAAAGAAGAUGAAGAACUGGCUGUGAGCGCCUGCUAUUGUCGGAAGAUGGAAGAUUUGCUCCAGCAGUCUGAUUUUGUGAUGCUUGCUGUCAGUUUAACACCUCAGACAUACAAACUGAUUGGGAAAAAGCAGCUCGAACUGAUGAAACCUACAGCUACCCUCAUAAAUAUCUCUAGAGGAUCAGUUGUAGAUCAAGAUGCACUUGUGGAAGCUCUUCAAACUGGACAUAUUAAGGGUGCCGCUUUGGAUGUCACUUAUCCUGAACCACUGCCCAGGUAAACUUCUAUUUCUCCAGAUGUUUAACCUUUAAAUGGCCACAAGCACUGUGCAGAAGAACACAGGGAAUCAAAGCAGAAUCAGGAACUACAGAUUUCUAUCAUAGCAUGAAACAGGAAG